AUGGCAGAGCCAUUCCGGUUCGUCCGCGCUGCCCUCGGCGACUUCGAGGCGCAAGAGGAGGACGAGCUCUCUUUCGGGCAGGGCGAGCUCAUCGACGUGUUCAGCCGCGCCGCUCCAGAAGGUUGGGCAUGGGCGAGGAAUCGCAAUGGCGAAGAAGGACUCGUGCCUGUGACAUUCCUCGGCCCCCCAGCGGUGCCUGCCACCAUGCCAACGAAUGGGCGAGCCGUCAACGCGUGCGCUCGUGUCCUGGCAGACUUCAGCGCCGAGGAGGAGAACGAGCUCUCGGUGCCGUGCGGUUGGUUGUUGGUGGUGAGAGGCGCCGAUGGACGCUCGGGCCUAAUUCCAGAGAGCUUUGUGGUGCUAUCUUCCUGCGUCGUGAUGAGGAGGACCUCCGUGACAUCGGGGGAGGGCGAGUUGGUUGCGCAGGAGGGGCAGCGCCUGUGGCUGCUCCCUGUGGCGGCACCCCCGGGGUGGUCAGAGUGCUGGUUAUCGGGCAGGCGCGGCGUCCUACCGACGGCGAGCUUGCAACCUUUGCCCGAGGGAGAAUGGGCGAUCGCCGACUCAGAAGAAGAGAUCGCCGCAGUCGCCGGCACGGAUGGUCAGGCGGCCGCGGCGGCACAGGCUGCAGCAGUCGCAUUAGAGGCAACCGAUGUCACCGCAGCCGAAGUGGUCGCCAAGGCCGCUGCGGCGAGGGCGGAGGGGGAGCGGCUGGCGGCCGAGGCGGAGGCGAGGGCGGAGGGGGAGCGGCUGGCGGCCGAGGCGGAGGCGAGGGCGGAGGGGGAGCGGCUGGCGGCCGAGGCGGAGGCGAGGGCGGAGGGGGAGCUGCUGGCGGCCGAGGCGGAGGCGAGGGCGGAGUGCUUGGCAACGGACGCUGCCGAGGCGGAGGCGAGGGCGGAGUGCUUGGCAACGGACGCUGCCGAGGCGACGGUGGCGGCUGCGGCGGAGGCAGCCAAUGCGGCAGAGCCGGGAGUAAUCGCAGCACGAGCCGAGGCAGUCACAGUUCAGCUCGCGGCUAUGGCUACUGAGGCUGAGACGAACCUUGUGACCGCGGCUGUGGCUGCUGCAGCCGAGGCAACGGUUGUGACGACCGUGGCAGUGAUAGCAGCAGCAAGUGAGGAGGACAUCAUCGGGAUGGUAGCUACCACCCCGAGCACGGGAGCUACCACUACCGCUGUAGAAGAGCACACAGCGGGAAAGACGGUCAACGACAUCAUACGGUCAGCAGUAAACUCGCAAGAGGCGGCUCAACCGUUGCAUGCUAAGGCAGAAGCCAUAGUGACGGCAGCAACGUCGGAGCUGAGCAUGGAGACGGCGUCGCUCGCUUCAAAAGUGAGGAUCGAGCCCAAGCAUCAGCUGGGAGGAACACUUGCGACCACGCUGCACCACUGCAUGCCCCGCGUCGAGAAGGUAGAUGAGAAGCAGCUGAAGCGCCCGCGCUCGGCGGUGACGCGUCCAAAGGCGCGCACUGUACACGACACCCUACCCCACGCCAAGCUCCGUGAACGGCCCGGUGCCGGCCACAACGACUAUCUCCACUCGCUCGACCUCCUGCUGGCAAGCAGCCCGUACUACCGGCAGGAGCCCAGACCUCGUUGGCAUUCGAGCACGACCGACGGAGGCUGCGUUCCGAGUCCAAGACGGCGCGUGCGUAACCUCAUGCGCAUCUACGGGAGAUCAGAGGAGCGCUCAGCCGCGCGGGGCGGGCAGCAAAGCAGCAGUCCACAUCGGGACUGGUGGCAUGAGGGCCGUCCUGUAUCCGCGCGGCCGGCUCGGAGGGCUGCCGUAGCGCCAAAGGGCUGGGAGGCAAACGGGGUGUUGCCACAUUUGGUGCGCGCCGACCGAGCACUCAUCUUUGCUCGAUGUGCUUCGUGA